AUGGAUGAGUUUAUCACCGAGAGAGUCUUGACCACUCCGCCGGGUAACGGCACGGUAGACCCGGGUGUCUCCACUGAGACAAGCGCGCUAGACACCCCCGGCCAUCACACUGUUCGGGCGGUACUAAUCUCCUUCUUCGUUCUGUCCAUGGCGUGGGGCAACGUUGGUAACCCAUUCGUCAUGGCGACCAUUCUAACACAACGAAAGAUCAGACAGAAUGUGGCGAAUGUCUUCAUCUUCAAUUUAGCGAUUGCCGAUUUUUGUGUGACGUCGUUUGUGGAUUUGUCUUAUGUACUCGGAAAUAUUCAGCCCAGGUGGUUGAAGGAAAGCGAUUUAUUUUGUGGGUUCUCUGCGUCGAUCUGUAUAAUCAGUUGCACAUGUUCACUAUGGAGCAUUACUGCUAUUAGCGUUAACCGUUAUGUGUGCGUCACAAAGGGAGUCAUUUAUCACAAGAUCUACACCCGUCGAAACACGCUCCUAAUGGCAGCUUUUCUCUGGAUCCUUUGUUUCUUGAUCGACUUUCCCAACCUCGUUGGUCUAGGCAAACACAUCUUCGACGUUAAGAAACGAGGCUGCUCAUUCGACAGACUGGGAUAUUACGGCUACACCCUCUAUUUCAUCGGGAUGGGCGUGGCUACCCCCAUGAGCAUCGUGGUCUUCUGUUACCUUAAAAUAUUCCUCUUUGUUCGAGCACAUCAUAUCAAGAUUCAAGCCUGGAAAUCUGGGGCGCCCUCUGACGGCCAUUCUCCCAUAGAUGGAGGCAAGAAGAUUGACACUCGACUCUUACGGACCGUCGCCAUUAUCUUCAUUGUCUUCUUACUGUGCUGGACGCCAUACACCAUUAUCGUCUUGUCCGAUUUGCAUAAUACGUACCCGGAUGAGCUAUACGUAGCUGCGAUUAUAAUGGCACAUGCAAACUCGAGUAUGAACAGUAUUCUUUACGGUGUCACGAACAAAAACUUCAGAGACGGCUACAGGAAAUUAAUUCAAACGAUGACGUGUGGACGAGCAUGCGCAUCUCGAGCCGACCGACAAGUGACGAACCCCAGCUCCACUGUGCAGAGAACAACGCGAGUCGAACGGAGGUAAUAAUUGUAGCCCGACUAUUAGACUUGAGUCAGUCGACGUUAUCAAUCGUUGUACCGCGUA